AUGCACUUCCAUCCCAGAAGAAUCCUCUCAGGACCUUUGCGUCCGCAGUCCACCAAGCCAACGCAUCCCCGAUCCUUCAACCUUGUUCUAGGGACACCCUCGCAACCACGACCAUUGACCACCAGUGCGAGACGCUGCUUGUCGCCUGCAAAGCCAGAACCGGCCCGGAGAACAGCAGCGCAUACAGGUCCUGGUGCUCCAGAACUGCGUGAAAGCCUGCAGAUAUACACGCGCAAACAACCUAGAAUGGAGUACAACUCCUUCCGUGGCAAUGCUGCCCCUGGCGGCGGGAACUUUGCCAUGCAGCCCUCUCAGAUGCCCAGCUUCUACUUCGACACAACCCCAAGCGGCACGUCACAGUUCCAUUCUGGUCCCUCCGUUCCUGUGCCCACAGCACCUCAUGGUAGUAUGCAGACGAACCAGCCCGUAUCGAUCCCAACAGGCCCUGCGGCGAUGACGAGGUUACCUCCGCCGAACGCUCCUACCGAGCCCCGCCUCGUCGCCGCCUGGGGCCGCGACAAGUUCGACCUGACGCCCGCCGACUACGUCAAGCGCGUCCAGUGCUACAAGCGCCUGCAGCGCAUCUGGGCCGACGCCGCCGUCCAGGCCUCCCACCCGGACGGCCUGCGCUGGGACCAGACCAACACGGUCCUCGUCGACGACUCGCUCGAGAAGGCCCGCAGCGAGCCCUUCAACCUGCUGCGCAUCCCCGAGUUCUUCGGCGACGCCAACGAGGCCACCGACGUGCUGCCCCAGGUCCACGACUACAUCAACGCUCUCUGCUACCAGGCCGACAUCAGCCAGUACAUGCGUCUCCAUCCCUUUGGCCUGCGGGACGACUACACGCUCGAGCGUCCGCCUUCGGCGUAG